AUGUUCCGUUCAUCGUUUCUCUACUUCGGAUUCAUUUUGAUAAUAAUAUAUCCAUCCUUGCAAUAUAGUGAUGUUGUGAAGAUGAAAGUCAUUAAUUCAGAAAUGAAUUACGCAAAAAGUAUAAUGAAACGACAGUUAGGCAAACACAACAGUACACUUGAUGAAUAUAUUCACUGUGAACAGAAACGUUCGAAUGCCCAUCAUGGAAUGGUGGUUAAUAAACGUUUAAGGGAAUUUAUUGAUUCAAGAAAGAAAUUUCACAGAUUUGCUCACCUUGUACUGAAAGAUAUUUUCAAUGAAGUCAGUUCUCAGGCAACUCUGCAAGCGUUACAAGUAUUGGAAAAAUGGAAUAAAGAAUAUUCUAUAACUAUUAAUUUUCCAAUUUUUGUCGAAGAAUAUAGUAAUUUAUCCUAUAUAAAGCUUAUAGAAAAAGAAAACAGUUUGAUUGAAAUAAUGAAUCGUUCAUUGUUUCUGUACAUUUUUGUUCUUCAGACAAUUAUAAUUCACUCAACGUUACAAGAUGGUUAUGAAAAUAGUCUGAGAGAGAUGGAAGGUCGAUUGGGUCUAUUGAAACGACUUUCAGAGAACCGUCGUAGAAUAGUUGAUAUAUAUAUGGAAUGUGCUCAAAAUUAUAUGUGGUCGCUUACUGGACUUACUGUGAAUAGAGUUAAAGGUACUCUGAUAAGUGAAUUAAAAAUCAAAUAUCAAGCGAUUGGUGAAAUGAAUAUGAAUUAUUAUGCAGCUAUGAUACUGAAAAAUAUUUCCGUAGAUAUCAAUAAUAAACGAAUAGAACUUUCUAAGCAAUGGAAUAAUGUUUUAAAUAAAUUAAAUCAGUCAGCAGUUGUAAUAACUGUAUAA